UAUCGGCGGUCAUCGCAGAGACGCAGAGCUUGAAAGCCUUCAUCAGAUGCUAAAUCCGAAAACUUCUCUUAUAAAACAGGGGCAGAGUGGAUCGGCGCUGGUCUGAUCAGGGUUCAACGAUGGCGUGGUGUAUUCUGGGUGCUGCAGUCCUCAUGCUGAGCCUGGGGGUGGAUGGGGCAGGGGGUGGAGAAGGGGGCGGGGCAGGGGGUGGGUCCUACGUGGCGGCCGUGUACGAGCACCACCUCAUUCGGAACCUGCAGCCCAAGGUUUCGCUGAGCCGGCAGGAAGCGCUGGAACACAUGAAUAAGAACCUGGACGUGUAUGAGGAGCAGGCUGCUGCUGCCGCCAAACAGGGUGCCCACAUCAUUGUGUUUCCAGAAGAUGGCAUCCAUGGCUUUAACUUCAGCAGGGAGUCCAUCGCUGGUUACCUGGAGACGGUGCCAGACCCCACGGCUGUGAGCUGGAACCCCUGUUCUGACCCAACCCGCUUCCCUAAUACUGAGGUUCUGCAUCGUCUCAGCUGCAUGGCCAAGAACAACGGCCUGUACCUGGUGGCAAACAUGCCGGGGCGUGAGGAUUGUGAUGCCCAGACCCCCCCCUGCCCCCCCGAUGGGCGCUACCAGUUUAACACGAAUGUGGUGUUCAGUGCUAACGGCACACUGGUGGCGCGUUACCGCAAGCGGAACCUGUACAUCGAAUUCGAGUUUGACACGCCUGCUGACCCCCAGCUCAUCACCUUCGACACACCCUUCGCUGGUCGCUUCGGCCUGUUCACCUGCUUCGACAUCCUGUUCUACAACCCAGCGAUGGAGCUGGUGGAGAAGCUGGGGGUGUGGCAGCUGGUCUUCCCCACAGCCUGGAUAAACACGCUUCCCCUGAUGGAUUCUGUACAGUUUCACCGCUCCUUCUCCUACGCCACCAACACCACCCUCCUGUCCGCUAACCUUCGCGUAGAUGCUGAGGCAAUGACCGGCAGCGGGAUAUUCAGCCCCCGGGAGGCUCUAUAUCACCACGCACGGGCGGGCGAGCCAGAAGCUGGCCGGCUGCUGGUGAAAACUCUGCCUGUUCUGGACUCCCACAGGCCUGACCUGAUGGAGUCCAGAACAGGCCCCCCCCUCCCACCAACCUUCUCAGGAGAGCAGGAAUCCCAGCAAUACCAGCAGGGGGACGGGGAGUGCCAGCGGACUGUCCCUGAGGGAAGGGGUCACCCAGAGGAGCCAGCUGCCCCCAGCAGCCCCUUCAAGGCAGUGAUGAUAUACGACCAUUACGCCAUGGUGCUCGUAGAGGGUGCUGAGGGAAACCUGUCUGUGUGUGACAACGCACUCUGCUGCCACCUGCAGUUCCGAAGGCGCACUGCACCCCAGGAGCUCUAUGCCCUGGCAGCCUUCGAUGGCCUGCAUAUGAACAGUACGUACUAUGUUCAGGUGUGCGCGCUGAUUAGGUGCAGCGGUCUGACCCCUCAGACCUGUGGGAAAGCGAUCGACCACGCCGACACGCUCCUGGACUUCCGGCUGAUGGGAAACUUCAGCACGCGCCACGUGUUCCCAAGCGUGCUCGGGAGCCACAUGCAGCUGGACCGCAUCGACCACAGCGGCUGGGAGGGGCGGGGCUUCUACAUGACCCGCCACGGGAUGGAGCGCGGUCUGGUGACUGCUGCGCUCUGCGGCAGAGCGUAUGACCGGGACCACACCCACACCGCCGUCAGGGGAGUGAUAUAAACGUGUAGAAAUACUGACUGUCUCACACUGGAAUAUGAACACGUGCACAUGCAGUCAUUUGGUGCAUCAUGGGGAAUGGAGUGAAGUGUGUGUGUAGAACUACACUGGAAGGGUGAGAACUGGAAUUUAGCUUGUAUUUUUGUUUCUGUCCUGGGACAGCGAAGGGUAUGGUAAGCAGGUAAAGUGGGGGGGGGGGGUAAACAGGUAAAGUGGGGGGUAAGGUGAAAUCUGCAUUCAGUAACUCGGGUGGUGAAUUUCCUCAUCGAUGGAGCUCAUUCUCUCUAGAGAUCCACACUGUAGCUGUCAAAGUAGCACGAAAACUGUAAGAUUUCAAUAAAAAAUCAUCAAUAAGUUCAAAUGAAA